AGCCAUGUGGCCCACAAUCCUCGGCUUCCUGACUUUCGGUGGAUAUGAGACGCCCUCUUUGUCAGCCUGGCCAAGCCCCGUGGUUCCCUUAGGAGAGACUGUGACUCUUAGGUGUCACUCCAAUUCUCGACUUUCUGGAUUCAGACUGUUCAAAAGAGAUGGGACCAGUUUGCCCGAGCUCCAGUCACAUGAUGUCAACACCUUCACCCUUGGCCCGGUGACCAGAGAACAUGCUGGAUCCUACACAUGUUCUGGAUUCUACUGGCCUCUCUCUCUGUGGUCCAGACACAGUGACCCCCUGCAGAUUGUGGUCACAGGUGUGUUCACAAAACCCUCCAUCUCAGCCCACCCAGGCCGCCUCGAGCAGGAGGGAAAGAAUGUGACCCUUCGCUGUCAAUCACAGCUGUUGUUUGACAAGUUUAUCCUGCACCAGGAAAAUAGCACAGGGCAUUUCCAGACACGUGGAGAGAUGUUCACGGGCGGGCAUGCCUCAGCUGACUUCGCCAUUGGCCCCAUGACCUUGGGGAGUGUGGGCACCUACCAAUGCUACGGCUCUCUCAGCCACUCCCCCUAUGUGUGGUCAGCCCCCAGCGACCCCGUGGACAUCGUCAUGACAGGUCUGUCCAAGAAACCAUCUCUCUCAGCCCAGGGGGGGCCCGUGAUGAAGUCAGGAGAGAAUGUGACCUUGCUCUGCAGCUCCGAGCAUCCCUUUGACCAGUUCCAUCUUCUCCGGGAGGGGAGGAACCUUGGGCGCCUGCUCAUGGGAGGGCGGGACCCUCGCGGAGCACUCCAGGCAGCGUUCCCUCUGGGUCCUGGGACCCCAGCCCACAGCGGGGUCUACAGGUGCUACGGCUCCUUCAAUCACUCUCCCUACUCGUGGUCAAACUCCAGCGACCCCCUGCUCCUGUCUGUCACAGGAUCCACUACAAGUACUUGCCCAUCAACCAUGGAUCCACACACCACAGAAGAAGCAUGGCUUCCUCAAGGCCACUCCAGCCAGCUGCACCUUCUCCUUAGGCUACCCAUAGCCUUCAUCUAUACCAGCAUCUUCCUCGCUGUUCUUGUCUGUCACUGGUUACCCAAAAAAUGUUGCAAUCAUGGAAGGAGAGCCCAAGGAAGACAGAACAGUGAACAGUGACGACUCUCCAGCAGAAGACGUGAUAUACACCCACUUGGACCACGGGACCCUCUCUGAGAGAUUGUU